AGUGUGUUUUGUAAGCCCCUGUACCAGUACCUGUGGCAGACGCUAUUAAGGUUGGUUACAGGUGUCAAAUGUACCUGGUUAAAAGACAGACGACUGGCAAAAAAGACAUCAGGCGUGAAGACGUGUUGAGUGUGCUAGUAGUAGGUGAUAUAUUAACAUUAAGUGAUGUAAUACAACGCGGUUUAGUCACCGUGCGUUGAAUAUAAAUAGGUAAAGCAUGACUCACACUUUUGUUGUAGUCUCACUGCUCACUGAUUCGUCCCAGGACCGACUGCAGUACAGACCUAUAGCUUGAACAGCGAAAUAUUUUGCGGUAAAUUAAUGCAAGAGGUCAGAAAAUGUAGCGUUCCACUUAUAUAUGUCCCAGCGCAGACCCGCGAGACAACCAUGCCUCCGUGACACCCCUGUGUACCCAGUGACCAUGAUGGCAGCUGCGAGGUCUUUCUGGCUUCAAGUUCUGAGUAUUAGUUUAGUGUGGUGCCUCGUGAUACCGCGCUCACGGGCCACAGACGAUAUAUAUUAUAUGGAUUCUGAGAGUUUCUUCAACGGCUGCAACACCAGGAAUCUUAUCGGCGAAAUUCCCGUGUACGAACGCGACACACUGGUGGUCAAGGCGUGGUCAUCUCGCGCAAAGUCCAUUAACGCCCCGUACAGAUGUACGCUGAUCUUCCAAGCGUCCGGAGGACAUUCAUCGUCCGCAGAAACUGGGUACGGAUUGAGGGUGCGCAUUGUAAACUUAGAAUUGCCCAUCAAUGAGUCGUACCUUGUGUCCGAGAUCGUCUUCAAAGAACACCCGUUUGAUAGCGAUGAAUUGCGACGUUUUGAUCGGCAGCACCGCGGUGAGAUAACGGAUGUUUUCACGAGAUCUCGCUAUUUCACGAUUGGUCUGAGUCGGCGCGGUUCUGUGGACUAUAAUUUUGACCUGACUGUAUCCAGGACCUCGGUGUACAACCGCUAUAUGGACAAUACCUCACACGACUGUGGGAAAAUCAUCGAUGUUGGCUCAACUCAAGUGGAAUUCGUGCACGCUUGGAAGGUGUCAAGAAACCAAGCAAAUCACGAGGGCACGUGCAGCAUUACGUUCCGGAACGCUGACCCCAGAAGACUGGAAGUGGCCUUUCAGAAGCUGAGUAUGGGAUCCUGCACGUCUUCUAUUAAGUUCUAUGAUGGACUAACGAAAUUUAAUCCCCAGCUGAGAUCAGUCACGUGUCUAAAUUCUGCUCUUCCACUGACCACCACUAGCCUUGGCUCUAGUUUGACCGUCGUUCUAAACGCCAAUGGGGAUGAUACAUUUGACUUCCUGUUCACGGUGGCCCCCGUGUAUAUCGUAUCGGCGCCCCCUAUCUGGGGGGUCACGCCCACUCCAGGAGAUAGCAUGACCUAUUUUAUGGACAAUACCGAAAGACAGUGCCAAAGACCAUACACACUGCCCGUCUACUCAAGCGCCAGUACCACUCUAGUAGGAAACGCUUUCCGCCUGCCGCGAAACCAGACAAAAAUUCAUUUCUGUUUAAUGACGUUCCAGACCAGUGACGUCACUCAAGUGAUUCGAGUAUUUUUCGCCAGAUUUCGGAUUUCUUCGUGUAACACCGUAUUAAGUGUGUAUGCAGAAAGAACUGUCCCUGUUCGAACAGAGGGAGUCUCUCUACUGUAUCGAGUUACCUGUGAGAAUUACCAUGCGUUCACUCAGAAAUACGUGUUCAGCACAGACAGACAGUUGACAUUUGUCCUAAGUACUCUGCCGGGUGCUGAUUUUCACUUCGCUAUUGAGAUGAGGGGGGUUGCACGACCUGACCCCUUGCUACCCCCGCCUGCCAUCAGUCACGUCACAGUAUAUCUGGACGACUUUACCAGUGAUUGUGGUAGAACUUUCGAAGUGGACCCUGAUACGGUUAUCGUUAUAAAAGCCUGGGGCCAGGACGAUCCAAACGUGCGCAGGAUAGCCCCAUACGCCUGUAACGUGCGCAUGCGCUCUAGUGCGUUGUACGCAGGCAGGGGGAAGCUAAAGGCGACCACUUCAGAGGUUGACAUCCCGUGUACAAGCGCCGCGACUCUUUUCGUAUAUGACUCCAUUAACUCUGUAAAUGCAAAGAUGCGACUUGGGUCUCAGAGGUGUAACAGUUCAGCCCAGAGACAUCAGGAGAUCGUGUCGUCACAGCCUUACCUGAAACUUUCCCUGACGAGGACGCAGAACAGCAUCGAUUUCAACCUGGAACUCACCGUCAAACAAACGCAAACUGUGGUCACCGUCUCUCCCAUUGAAACUGAUGAAGGCAUUUCCAUUUAUUACAUGGACGGUUACGGCGACAACUGUAACAAAACCCACGUGCUGGACACGGGAAAAGAGAUACAAAUCCGAGCGUGGAGUCACGAGGGGCGAGUAGGCGGCGGCGCAUGUGCAAUGCGAUUCAUAGGCAAUGGUCACACCGACUCGUAUUCCAUUUUCUGGGUUCAAUUUCCCAGCAGUGUGCAUUUUCCUGGCCAAGGAUGUUCACUGUGGAUGGAGCAGCAGUUUUCAAAACUGAUCCUCUACUCAAACAAUAAUAGCUCUAAGACGGUCCUCCAAUGCAUGUCAAUUCCGCCCAGUGAGCUGUAUUCCCACGGAGAGCUCACUCUGCUGUUGAAGCCGGAGUCCAAAGCCGACUACGACUUCACGUUCAACAUUAAACACGUCCAGGCUCCCAUGAAACCCACGCGGGCCAUGGUCACUCAAAGACCUUCCCCUCUGGCCAUCACUGCGGGUGGGAUAUCAGGAAUAGUUAUCGGCAGUGUCAUUUUGCUGGUUGCUAUAGUGGUUGUCGUGGGAACGGUGAGGAGAGGGGAGUGUCAGCGCGUGCGGGCUUCUUGGCAACGACGGUGCAUGCGCGCGGCGGGAACAUCAGAAGGCGUUCAAGUUUCAUUGGGCAACUCGGAACUGUAUGGCCUGCCGAGGUACGAAGAUCUGCAGUUUACAUACAAGCAGCCUCCACCUCCGUACUCGGGGAAAGGUAAUGAAGGCUAUCAGCCUGACGAGUUUAUAGCACCCCCGCCGUACACGGAAUCCAUGCAGAAUCUACAGGUGUGCACCCCAACGGCGCAGGAGAGACGAAGUAGAUACAGUUCUAUGCAGGAGCUGAGAGAACUUGCUGAAAAUGACAUGACGUCGUCAGUGACGUUACCACUUCCACGUGAUGCUGAAACGGACCAGGCGCCACCCCCUCGUGAGCAAUAUGCGGCAAUGGCGCCAACUUCCAGUGACGGUCAGUCGAGAGCUGGAGUUGAAGGAGCUCGUCCAUUCUCGGAAACCACGGUGUAGAUGGCUGUGCAUAUUUGAAAACAUGUUCAGUGCACUGUAUAUAUGUUAUAUAUUUUGACUUGUUGGUUAUUCGGACUUCAUGUGAUAUCACGAAAAUUUGUUAGUAUCAUUUAAAAGUGAACUUUAUAGGAUUACAUUGCAUUUUUUUAUUCAAUCAUCGAGUGGCAUUAAUCUGAAGUCAGAACCACAAAAGUUCUGUAAUAAUAUUUCAUUUUAUACUCAGAAUAUUUAUUUUCUGUGGUCUGGAGUCCAUUGACAGUGCUAGAAAAACAUUUGCCAAAAAUUUGCAAGUGUCGUUAAUCUAUAAAUAAUCGUCUCCGAACUAGGUCACCAGAACAGUGGCGGAGGUGCAGUAUUUCAAAUUCUCCAUUUAGCAUUCCACAUUAAGAAAGACAAAGAAACAAACGUUUCUGUAUAUAGCGUAAUUAUCAAUAAGCCAAGCAGGGCUUCUUACCAUAUAUAUAAUUGCUUCUGUUUUACAUAUAUAUAAUUUAUAUUCGAACUACAUGUAGGCCUAUAUGUAAAUACUUUAUAGCUUUUGAGGUUUUCUAAGGAUCGAGACCCCUUAAAUGGGUCUACUUUAAGGGAUAUUUCCAGGUUAUCCCUGGUCAGGUGCACAAAACUUCAAUACAAUGCUCUACAAAGUAAACUCAUUUUAAAUAUUGUCAACCUUCAACAUACAUACCCUCUACCAGCGCGGCAGAUUAUAUAGGGAAAAAUGGAAAAAUCCACACAGAGCCAAAUGACUGUCUAUUUAUCUAGAGACAUAUCUGUGAACAUCUGUGAAAAAUCAAUCUGUCGCCCUGGUAGAGUGGUAGACGGUACAACAUACAUGGCUGUAUUAAUACUUGUGACCGUUUUUCUAGGUGCUAUCUUUUUAGACAAAAUAUACGUUCUGGGCAUCUCCAAAUGUUUGCUGAAGUCCAUGACAUAGUGACGAAAAUCAUAUAGUUCUGUGAUUGUAUUGUGCAAUUAGCUAUUGGUCAGCACUGCUGAUGACAAAAUUCUCUCUCCAAAUAAAGUUUUCUACUAUAUUGUCA